ACGCAUGGCCAUCCCACAAACCCUGUCAAACUCACUUGACUACAGAUCGCUUUGAGGUGAUAUUCAUACACAGAGGUGAAAAUGGCAGAUGUGUCGGAGAGGACUUUACAAGUAGCCAUAGCCAUCUCGUUUGCAACAGGAUUCCUUGCAGGAUGGCAGGCCAAUAGAAUGCGGCGAAAGUUUUUGGAUUGGCGUAAGAAAAGGCUUCAAGAUAAACUGGCAGAGACGCAGAAAAAGCUGGACUUGGCAUGAUGUCGUGAAAUGUUUAAGCGUACAAUUCUGUCCAUAAUAGCUCAGGUGUGAGGCUCCUGCCAUUAUGAAGACUUCUAAGCUCCUGGAACCACUGGUCUCCACCAGUUUAUGAGGACUUUGACUGUGACUUUGACUUUGAAUGGACUUUUCUACAAAUGUCUUUUGUCCUUCCUCUCAUCUAUGCUGUUCAGUUAGGCCUACUGUCUGAGGCGAAUUCCACAGCUUUCUUCUGAUGAACUUCUGAACAUAUACAAGUGUUUCAAGAUGUUACCACUAUAAACAGUGUGAACAUAUAGGGUCUAUUUUUUCAUGCCACCCUACCAGGGAUGGAAAUAAAUGCUCACAUAUUUAAAAGUUAAAUUUCGCUUCUGCACCCUACAAACACCUUCCUAUUUCAGCCUAUGCAAUAAAUAUUGUUUUAUUAUUA